AUUUACAUAUUUUUUUUUUUUUGAACAAUAUUAUAUUUAUCAUCUUUAAAAAAACAAUCUAUUACUUCCUCAUAAGAAAAGAUGGUAGGAUAUUGGGCAUUAUUAGUAGACGGUAAAGCAGGAACAGAGAGAACAAGAGGAUCCACUACAACCUCUUCUAAUAAUAAGAGUAUAAAUCGACAAUCACUCACAAAAACAUUAUCCUUAUCAAUCAAAUCUAAUAAAAGAAAUUCUUAUUCUUCUACGAAAAAGUUUAAUGAUAAAGUAGCGGUUUCAUAUCAAAUUAAUGAAAAAACAUAUUAUUAUUCUCAUAAUACAAAUGACCAUACAUGGUAUGUUCAAGAAUUAUUAAAAGGAGGAAAAUUUGGUAAAGAACUUUCAAGUGGUACAUUAGAAAAUCCAUAUCAUAUUUUAUUCACAUUCACAAUUUAUAAUAAAUGUUAUUUAUACGCACAAAAUUUAAAUUCAAAUUAUUGGUAUAUUCAAGAAUUAUUAGAUGGUGGUAUAUUAGGUAAAGAAACUUCAAGUGGGACAUGGAAAUCAACUUAUCAUAUAUCAAUCUCAUUUCGUACUGUUGAUGGUAGAAUAUAUCAUUAUGGUCAUAAUACCAGAACAAAUAAUUGGGUAAUUCAUGAAUUAUUACCAGGGGGUAAAAUGGGCAAAGAAACCUCUCGUGGUACAUGUUCUCAACCUCAUCACGUAGCUUUCUCUUUUAAUAUAGAUGAUAGAACUUAUUAUUAUGGUCAUAAUGUUGAACGUAGAUAUUGGUUUAUAAGAGAAUUAUAUGAAGGUGGUAAAAUGGGUCCUGAAACUGCUCAUGGUCAUUUAAGGCAACCAUUUCAUGUUGCUGCCCCUUUUGAAGUUAAUUCGAAAUUAUAUUAUUAUACUCAAAAUUUGGAUACUAAAUUUUGGUAUAUUCAAGAAUUACUACCGGGUGGUCGUAUGGGUAAAAAACCCGUAAAUGGUAAUUGGAUAAAUGGUUAUGAUGUACUAUUUGUAUCCGAAAUUGAGGAGAAAUCUUAUGUAUUUGCUAAAAGUUAUUAAAUGAUAACCUAAAUAAUUAAUAUCCGUUAGUGAUUUUCAUAGUGUUAUUGUGCGCAGAAAUUUUAUAAUAAAAAUAACCUUACACAAUAUACCAUUGUUUUACAAACAAAACCAAAAUACCGAAUGAAUACAAAAAUG